AUGGCCAGAGGGCACAAUUUCCAGGCUGCUCUAUGUCUUUGCCUUGUAUUGGUUUCUCACUUCCAUUUCACUACUUCAAAGCCAACUGGAUUUAGUCUAAAGCUUAUACCAAGGGACUCUCCAGAUUCUCCAUUGUACCCCGGAAAGCUCACUGAGUCUGAAAGAAUUCAAAGUUUGCUUAGAAUUUCUGAAGCUAGAAACAUGAAAAUUGGAAGUGAAGGAAUUCGUAACUGGUUAUUUUUGGACACUGGUGGUAGUCUAAUUUGGACACAGUGUCUUCCGUGCAAAAACUGUUACAAAACAGCACUUCCUAUCUACAACUCUCAGACUUCAAAUAGUUACCGAAAGCUUCCCUGCGAUCACCAGCUUUGUUCAGGUGAUAAUGCCCUCUUCAGAUGCGUCGGAGGUGAAUGCAGGUACGACAUAACCUACGGUGACGGCCGAGGGAUAACGCGUGGUGUCGCAUCAACCGAAGCAUUCGAGCUCUUCGAUAAUGACGAGAGAUUUGUUGAAGGUGUGAUAUUUGGUUGCUCCAAUGAAAACAUAGAUAUUCCAUUUGCCAAAGGUGACAUGAUUUCUGGGAUCUUUGGAUUAAGCAUGUCUCCUGCUUCGUUCGCUAACCAACCGUACGAUGAAUUUAACGGCCUGUUCUCGUAUUGUUUGGUUCCUUUUUCUCAAACAUGGAAGGAUCCUAGCUACCUCAAUUUCGGCACCGAUGUUCCUCCACAACCAGGGACACCUUAUUGGAAUUCAACAAAAUUCGUAAUACCACCAGGUUCUUAUUUUUAUUACCUGAACCUAUUGGACAUAACUGUAGGGCCUAAGAGAAUGAAGUUUCCCUCGGAUACCUUUGCAAUUAGGGAAUAUGGUGAAGGUGGUUGCAUUAUAGAUUCCGGAACUAUUUUCACUCAAUUUGAUGAUUAUCGAGGGUUUAAUGUAUAUGGAAUAUUAAUGGAAGAAUUUCAGAAAUAUUAUGAUGCUAAGAAGCUGGAAAGGCACACAUUCGAUGGGUUCGAACUUUGUUACAAGAUGCCUCCAGGUUUUAAUGAUUUUGCAAGAAUGAUCUACCAUCUUGAUGGUGCUGAUUAUGAAGUAGAGGGGAGAUUUGUGCAUUAUAUCAGUUUCCCAGAAGGAUACUUCUGUGUGGCCAUAAGACCGGGGAAGAGGACUGUAAUCGGAGCAUGGCAUCAACAAAAUAUUCGCCUGGUUUAUAAUAUCAACAAAAGAGGAGUUAGUGGACUCAAUUUUUAUCCUGAUGACUGUGCUACUUUAAGGUCAUGA